CUCAUCUUCAUCAACGUCAGAACGUGGCACGUUUCAAGGAAGACGAAAGACGGUUAAGCUGUGCCUAGUUGUCGCCUCGCAUCGACGCAAGAUGUGCCUCGACGAUGACUUCGUCGACCGGGAGGAGAUGUUCUUCUACUACACGCCCACGAACCAGCCCGGAGGGCAGCCGCAGCAGCAGGCUCCGGGGGUGCAGGUGGUCCCGAUCUCGGCGACGCUCCGCUUGCAGCAGCAGAUGCUGGACCAGGGCGAUCCUGCGUACGACGAGCGACCGCCGGCCACCAGGGGUAUCGCGUCCACGAACAUGACGCGAUCCAGGGCCCAGGAACAGGACGCCGGAGAAGGCGGGUACCAGGACCCAUUCCAACCGGGUCUGCACCGCAGGACGACCACGACCACCCUCACCCGCGGACGCCUGCGCAGAUCGUCCUCGAGCGACCAGAGGGUGCACCAGCUGGUGUUCCCCUAUCCAGUGUGGAAUCCAGAACAGGCCCGGCUCGUUGGUAUACCACCUCACCCUGAUCAAGCCCCCUCUACCAUCAUCAUACCGCCGGCGGCCCCCGCCCCGGAGGCGCCACCACCCCCCUACCCUCCCUACCCUCCGCAGCCGGCGCCCUCCAUCAUCAUCACGGGCGGCGCCGGCGGCAACGACCCCUGCUGCCACCACCCUCCCCCGGCGCCCCCUCCCCCUCCAACGUUCAUCCCGAUACCCUUCCCCAUGCCACAGCCAGUGAUGCCGCAGAUGCCGCCUUACCCUCCCCCUCCUGCGCCACCGGCGCCCAUCAUCAUCAUUCCACCGCCGCCCCCUCCGCCGCCUCCCCCACCACCUCCCCCGCCCCCACCGCCCCCUCCACCGCCGCCUCCUCCGCCGCCCCCUGCGGCGCCAGCUGGGCCGGACCUUGCCGCUCUGCUACCCUUGAUGAUGGAGGGCUUCUACGACCGGGGAGGCGAGCCCGCGCGCAAGCGCAGGAAAGUCGUAGAGUCAACGCCGUCGUCGUCGGUGGAGAGCUCGAGCGAGCUGAGCGAAGAGGAGCCGCUGCCGCCCCUGCCGGGGAUGCCCGGGUUCGUGCCCCCCGAGGUGCCUUCGGAGAUCUCCGAGCCGGAAGGCGAGAAGACCACGGCGAUCGAAGAGUGGAAGCCCCCGGAAGCCGAGAAGGAGACGGAGAAGGAGCUCGAGAUGCCCGGAGAACCGCUGCCGGAGGAGCCGCCCGAGAUAUUCCCCUUCUUCGAGGAGCCGCAGUACGGUGCUCUGGCCUGGUGUUGUCUGUUCCUGGUGGCGCUGAUCCCGUGCUUCCUGCUCUUCUUCAUCGUCGUGCCAGCCGGCGUCUACCUGGGACUCUUCCUCUACAGCUCCACAGUCAGUUACUGCUACUCGGACUCCUGCAAGACAGACGCGGCCACGUACGCCACGGCCUACGCGAACGGGGACCCGUGCGAGGAGUUCUACGAGCUGAUCUGCAGCGACUGGGAGUACACGCACAAGAUACCAAAGUACCGGUACAUCUACUCGGUCGCCCUGCAGCGGCAGGAACGCAUCGCGGCCAGCCUCAGGAACCGGCUCAACGAGAUCUCGCAAGCUGUCGCAACUCCAACCACGGACGUGGAGAAGCUGGCGUCGAUGUUUCACGUCUGCAUCACUGACAACGGAGACACCGCAUCGUUGGUGGCGAGCGCGAAAAAGCUGAUGCAUUCAGAGUUCGGCUCGGAUUUCCCCAAGAACCACAACGACACCAUCGAAAGACACGCCGCGCAGCUGGGUCUCAAGUACGGCCUGUUCCCCAUAGCCCGAGUGAUGGUACGACAGCGUUUUCCGGGACAGAGGGGCGCCAUCCUCAUGCUGAGCCUUCCGGACACCACGAUGCUGCCGCGCUUCUACCAGGACCCCGAAUCUUCGGGAGAGGGCGCCUUCUUCAUCGACAACGAGGACAUUCCGGCAAAGAUUGCCCAAAUACUCUCGGACUACGGCCUCAACGCUAGCCUCAGCAAUAGCAUCUACGAACUCGACACCGCCAUAGCUUCGGCAUACAAGAUGGCGCGCCGCAGCGUGCUGGACAAGCCCAACCUGGCGACUCGCGGUGUUCAGCUGCUGAAGUGGAUCCCGUCACGAGUCUGGAAGUGGAACGACUUUCUCGAGCCUUUUUACGGCAAGACCGUUGCUGACGAGAUGGUGGUGCGCUACGAGUACCUGGCUUACUUCCAGAACUUCGAAAUAAACAUCGACGACGUGCUAAGCGCGAGGCCACUGGUGACGGUGCACUUCCUGGCGCUGCGACUGCUCCUGUGGCUGGGGCCAGCGCUGACCACGGUGGACGGCGAGCCGCAGAGCCUGACCGAGUUCUACACGCUGUACGAGGUCGGCCUCCGGUUCCCGGCCAAGCCCGAGCACAGGCAGCGGCGUUACCACGCCUGCCUGCGCGUGCUCGACCGGUUCAUGACGCACGCGCUGACCGUGGCCUUCGAGAAGAUCGUCGAAGACAAGAAGCACACCGCCUCGCAAAUGCAGGACAUAUUCCGUGCCCUGAUCCGCCAGAACCUGACCACAGCAGCCGACAAGAAGUUCUCGUUCAGCUCGCACACCAACGCCCGUUCGCGGCUGCUCUCCUACCGAAAGACUGGGAAGCUGAGAACGUUCGUGUUCCAACCGGAGAAGAACAUGGAGCGUGUGCUGCGCUUCAUCUACGCAGGCGCCUUCGACUUCAAGGGCACCACGUUCGUCGACAAUCUGCUGGCGUACGCCAGAACUGGAAACGCGCACUACUGGAAGUUCAUGUCCGGAUUCAACGCCAGCAGCUCCCAGCUCUACGUACACACGCCGCUCCUGCUCAACCCCGAUGCGUCGUACGUGUACGACACCAACACGCUCGUGAUACCGCUGAGCAUCAUGUACGACCGCAACAUCGACGACAUGGAAGUCAACGUAUUCCGCAAGGUCAAGCUCGCCUUCAACAUUCUUCGAGCCAUGGUGAAACUCUACGACGUCAUCGGGUCGGUGGUGAACGAAAAGGCAUUCUUCGAGAACUGGGUCAGCGGCUAUGCCCUCCUGAAGACGAACGACUUGGAACGCUGCAUCGCGAGGCAGUACAGGCUCAAGAAGAAAGAGAACCCCCUCCACCAGAGGCCUCCGAUUGCGGCUGUGGAGAACUUCGCUGACUUCAUAGGCAUGGCGGCAACGAUAAAGUAUUUCCGCGAGACGGUGCGACGGAAGGCCUACCCUCGAAGCGACUACCGUCUCCAGGACUUCAAGCUCCUGUCGUCAGAGCAGCUGUUCUUCUACGCUGUGGGCGAGGAAUUCUGCGAGCGUUGGCCAAGCCCCAAGACAGCCGACGGAAGAGCGACGCUGGAGCGGUACUCGCAGGACGAUUUUUACCCGAACCGAAAAAGGCUGACCAAGGUGUUCGACAGCAUGGAGCUCCUGCACGAGACGUUCCGCUGCCUCUCCCGCGCAGCGUGCAAGGUGCUCGUGUCGGACUACCCCGAGAACGACACGCUGCAGUCCUCGCUGAGCAUCUUCAGCAUCUUCUGAGCUUUCCCCCUCGGUCAGCGAGGCCUUGGGUGAUAUAUUCUCGCCAGCGGACGGACUGCUGUUCUGCGCUUGUCGUCGUCGCUCAGUGACUGUAAUAUGUAUAUAGUUGCGCGGCGAAGAAUCUUUGUGUUUUUUGUUGUUGUUGAUAUCGUUAUACGUGCUUAUGCAAACUUU